AUGUUUGGCAUCCCAGGAUUCCCCGUCAUUGAAGGGCGCGACCCACUCUUUUCCCUUCACCGCUCUUCCCAAUGGGUCUGCUGGGUACGACACCUCUUUCUGGGUAGCGGGAUCGAGAGGAAAACGGCCACUUUUCCAGCAUAUCACACCAUGGAAAAAACUCACGAGGGCAAACGCAAGAAUUGCCAAACGAUAUCUCACACGGAAAUGAUGCAUUUUACGGAGUUCCGGGUUAAGCCUGUGGAGGAGGGCCUGCCCCACCAUCCCGGGACCCUUGGCUGGCCUGCCACACUGUCCCGGGACCCCUGGCAGGCCUGCCAUUCCGCCAAGGGAACCCUGGCGGGCCUGUCCCGCUGUCCUGGAACCCCUGGCAGGCUAGCCCUGCCAUCCUGUGACCCGUGGUGGGCCUGCCCCACCGUCCAGGGAACCCUGGCGGGCCUGCCCUGCCGUCCCGGGACCCCUGGUGGGCCUGCCCCGCCACGCCGUCCGGGGACCCCUGGUGGGCCUGCCCCGCCACGCCGUCCCGGGACCACUGGUGGGCCUGCCCCACCACGCCGUCCCGGGACUCCGGGCGGGCCUGCAAUGCCAUCCCGGGACCCCUGGCAGACGCCUGCCACGCCGUCCCAGGACCCCUGGCAGGCGGCAGGCGUCUGCCAGGGGUUCUGGGAUGGUGUGGCAGGCGCCUGUCAGGGGUCUUGGGACCCCUGGCAGGCGCCAUUCCGUCCAGGGAACCCUGGUGGGCCUGCCCUGCCAUCCUGUGACCCGUGGUGGGCCUGCCCUACCGUCCCUGGAACCCCUGGUGGGCCUGCCCUGCCACGCCGUCCCGGGACCCCUGGCAGGCCUGCAAUGCCAUCCCAGGACCCCUGGCAGACGUCUGCCAUGCUGUCCCAGGACCCCUGGCGGGUGGCAGGCGCCUGCCAGUGGUCCCGGAUGGUGUGGACCCCUGGUGGGCGCCUGCCACGCCAUUCCGGGACCCCUGGCGGGCGCCUGCCACGCCAUCCCGGGACCCCUGGCGGGCGCCUGCCAUGCCAUCCUGGGACCCCUGGCGGGCGCCUGCCACGCCAUCCCGGGACCCCUGGCGGGCGCCUGCCACGCCAUCCCGGGACCCCUGGCGGGCCUGACCUGCCCCACCCCGCCACCCUGAACCCGUGGCAGGCCGGCACUGCCCCGCCACCCCAGACCCGUGGCGGAUUUACCACGCCGUCCUGGGACCCUUGGCGGACAUGUCCUACCGUCCCUGGACCCCUGGUGGGCCUGCCUGGGAGAGAGAAAGAAAGAGAGAGAGAGCAUCCUUCGGAGGUGCUUCUAUGCACUCAACACUUCUGCCUAACUUUAGGUCGGGAAUAUGCCACUGAUUCCUCAGACUGCUCCUGGAGCUCCCACAAAUCCUAA